GGUCAGAGUGCUGAGGCAUGGCCAGGGUUCGGGCCUCCUGGACCGGGCCGCUGCGGUGAUGCCACGCCGGUGAGAGGAUUGGCCAGCCCCCCUGGCACUUGCCUGAGCUAUGUGGGCUGCUCCCGCCUCUCUCUUCCUCACUGUGUCCGUCCUGUCCACAGCCCAGCUCUCGUCGGGGAAGACCGUGAAAGACACGGUGGAGGAAUGGAGCAGGUACAGGAACGAGUGUCUCCUGAAGAUGAGUACAGACCCCACUCCCUCAGGCUUAUUCUGCCGCCGUAUGUUUGACAUGUACGCCUGCUGGACCGACGGCGUACCCAACACCACAGUCAAAGUGCCCUGCCCGUGGUACCUCCCCUGGCACGAUCAAGUGCGCAAUGGCUUUGUGCUUCGGGAGUGUGGGCCAGAUGGGCAGUGGGUCACCAACAACACCAGCCUGACCUGGCGGGACCACUCCCAGUGCAACGCCGACGACAGUCAGCAGAUUGCACAGGAGAAUCAGAUGAUGAUCUUGGCCUACUUCAGAGUGAUGUACACAGUGGGCUAUUCACUGUCUCUCACCAGUCUCUCUCUCGCCCUCAUCAUUCUCCUCAUUUUCAGGAAGCUGAGGUGCACUCGGAACUACAUUCACACCAACCUCUUUGCCUCCUUCAUCCUGCGGGCCAUCUCUAUUCUCACACGGGAUGCUCUCCUCAUGAGGGAGACCCCAGAGUUCCGGGACAACCGCGACGUGUCUAACGUGCUGAGUGAUAGGGCUCUGUCGGGAUGUCGCGUGGCCCAGGUACUCAUGCAGUACUGUGUCGGGGCCAACUAUUACUGGCUGUUGGUGGAGGGGCUGUACCUACACAACCUACUGGUGCUCAUGGUCUUCUCAGAGAACAGCUACUUCUCUGGAUACCUCAUCAUCGGCUGGGGAACGCCAGUGCUCUUUGUGAUCCCCUGGAUUGUGGUGCGGUAUCUGUAUGAAAACACGAGGUGCUGGGAGAUAAAUGAAAACAUGGCAUACUGGUGGAUCAUCCGUUCACCUAUACUACUGGCCAUUUUGGUCAACUUUUUCAUAUUUAUUAGGAUUAUACAAAUUCUUAUUUCCAAAUUAAAAGCACACCAGAUGAGGUACACAGAUUACAAAUUCAGGCUGGCCAAGUCUACUCUGACCCUCAUUCCACUUCUGGGUAUUCACGAGGUGGUGUUCGCCAUCAUGACCGAGGAGCAGACAGAGGGGACGCUCCGAAAUGUCAACCUCUUCUUUGAGCUCUUUUUCAACUCUUUUCAGGGCUUUCUUGUGGCCAUCCUCUACUGCUUUGUCAAUAAGGAAGUACAGUCGGAGAUCAAGAAGAAAUGGCAGCGAUGGAAGCUGGGCAUGAGCAUUCUGGACGAGCAGCGCAACACUUGCAGCAACACACCACAGGGCGGCGCUGGUGGGUCCCACUGCCAGCACGACCCGCCUUGCCAGCCGGGCAGCCAGCACCCGGACUGCCAUCCGGAGUCCAACAACUUCUCCUCGGACAUCUCCACCUCAAGCCAGCACCACCAUCACCCCGGCGCCAAGAAGGGCAAGUCCUACUGCUACAUCUCGGCUCGCAAGAAGGUGCCAAAUGGCAUGGAGGGAUGCCAGCAGGGCACCGAUGGCAUUGUGGUCAGAUACUCCGAGAGCUACUGCUAAAAGGACCAGUUUGUGCCAUAUGGAAUUUUUACUUGUAUUUGUGCCCGUGCUUGUGCCUGGACCCGUACUUGUACCUGUACUUCUAAGUGUACUUGUUGCCAUGCUUUUGCACCCAGGCCGCACCUGCAACCAGCACAUUUGCCUCCUUGGCUGCCUUGGAUGGUCCCAGACAAACUGUCACACAGACUUCUGUGCAAUAACCGUAUUGACCUCUGCCCUCCAUGACCUCAAGACACAGGAAAUGGAAAAGAAUGCGGUGGGAAGGAUUUCUGUAUCUGGCAACCCUGUAAUCCGGCUCAUCCGUUCUUUCUGAUUGUGUUUCUUUUUUGUUUUUUUUUUUUCUACCUCUUUCCAUACUCUUGGGAGAUACGCCUGAGUGCUUUGCCACAUGUGGGUGAAACCACCAUAAAAUCUUGCGUGGGCUGUAAAUAUAGAGGUGUGACUGAUUGUCAAACAUGAAUUAGAGUCCUCAGUGAGUAGACUUUCGGUAAAGGUGUUAUGGCAACGCAGAGACUACGCAUCAGCCUCUGUUGCCCCACCCCCACCUGCAUCCCUUUGAAUGGAAUACAAGAAACUGAUAGACCUGUACUCAAAAUGCAAAAAGGAUGACCUGGUCUCUAUCGUUAAGCUAAAGAAAACUGUAAACACUGGCCCAAGAAGGGUGAUAUUUGACAUCCAAUGCCCACCGUCCACCAAAUUGGUAUGAUUUACACUCAUAAAAGCAUGAUAUACUGUGCAGUGCAUCCAUUUUACAUCACUAUUGCACAAACCUUCCCGUGUUACAUUGCAUUCAUGUUUUCUACUUGCUCUUCUUUGCUGCCUUACACUUCAAACCCACUUGCAGUAGCUCUAAACAUC